AUCUUUUCAGGAUGCUGUCCAGGUGUUGUUAAAGCAUUCAGCAGAUGUUAAUGCUCGUGAUAAAAACUGGCAGACCCCCCUGCAUAUAGCAGCUGCAAAUAAAGCUGUGAAAUGUGCUGAAGCUUUGGUGCCUCUCCUAAGCAAUGUAAACGUGUCUGAUCGAGCAGGUAGAACUGCAUUACAUCAUGCAGCCUUCAGUGGACAUGUUGAGAUGGUCAGCUUGUUGUUGUCUAGAGGGGCCAAUAUUAAUGCAUUUGACAAGAAAGAUAGACGAGCUAUCCACUGGGCAGCCUAUAUGGGUCACAUUGAAGUUGUGAAACUCCUAGUGGCCCAUGGAGCUGAAGUAACAUGCAAAGACAAGAAAUCGUAUACACCCUUGCAUGCUGCAGCAUCCAGUGGGAUGAUCAGUGUGGUCAAGUAUCUUCUAGAUCUUGGAGUUGAUAUGAAUGAACCAAAUGCCUAUGGAAAUACCCCUUUACAUGUAGCUUGCUACAAUGGGCAAGACGUUGUAGUGAAUGAACUCAUAGACUGUGGUGCUAAUGUAAAUCAAAUGAACGAGAAAGGUUUUACACCCUUGCACUUUGCUGCUGCGUCGACACAUGGGGCGUUGUGUUUAGAACUUCUGGUCUGCAACGGAGCAGAUGUAAAUAUGAAGAGUAAAGAUGGGAAGACACCUUUGCACAUGACAGCAAUCCAUGGUAGAUUUUCAAGAUCUCAGACCAUCAUUCAAAACGGAGCUGAAAUAGACUGUGAAGAUAAGAAUGGAAAUACUCCUUUGCACAUAGCAGCUAGAUAUGGCCAUGAGCUAUUAAUCAACACGUUGAUUACAAGUGGUGCUGACACUGCAAAGCGGGGUAUACAUGGGAUGUUUCCUCUCCAUUUGGCAGCAUUAAGUGGAUUUUCAGACUGCUGCAGAAAGCUGCUUUCAUCAGGUUUUGACAUAGACACACCAGAUGAUUUUGGGAGGACUUGUCUUCACGCAGCUGCAGCUGGAGGGAAUUUGGAGUGCCUAAACCUUCUGCUUAAUACUGGUGCAGACUUCAACAAAAAGGACAGAUUUGGGAGAACUCCACUCCAUUAUGCUGCUGCCAAUUGUAAUUAUCAGUGCCUGUUUGCCCUUGUGGGAUCUGGAGCUAGUGUGAAUGACCUUGAUGAGAGGGGUUGUACACCUCUACACUAUGCAGCUGCAUCAGACACAGAUGGAAAGUGCCUGGAAUAUUUGCUAAGAAAUGAUGCCAAUCCUGGAAUCCGAGACAAGCAAGGAUACAACGCAGUUCAUUAUUCUGCUGCUUAUGGUCAUCGCCUCUGUCUAGAACUGAUCGCAAGUGAAACGCCUCUAGAUGUUCUAAUGGAAACAUCAGGCACUGACAUGCUGAAUGAUUCAGACAACAGAGCACCCAUAAGUCCACUGCAUUUAGCUGCCUACCACGGUCACCACCAAGCUCUGGAGGUGCUGGUGCAGUCCUUGCUGGAUCUCGAUGUGAGGAACAACAAUGGAAGGACGCCCCUGGACCUUGCUGCCUUUAAGGGGCACGUGGAAUGUGUGGACGUUCUCAUUAAUCAGGGAGCAUCAAUCUUGGUGAAAGAUUAUGUUGUGAAGAGAACCCCAAUACAUGCUGCAGCUACCAAUGGUCACUCAGAAUGUUUGAGACUAUUGAUAGGAAAUGCAGAACCACAGAAUGCAGUGGACAUUCAAGAUGGAAAUGGGCACUCUAGUCUGUUAAAUUCCUCUGUGGAUUUACAUUUUAUUUCUUUCUCUAUGUUGUCAGUUCUCAAUGGGCACACGGACUGCGUUUAUUCACUCCUUAACAAAGGAGCUAAUGUAGAUGCCAAAGAUAAGUGGGGAAGGACAGCAUUGCAUAGAGGGGCAGUCACUGGGCACGAGGAGUGUGUGGAAGCCCUGCUUCAACACGGAGCCAAGUCCUUGCUACGAGACUCAAGGGGACGAACCCCUAUACACUUGUCAGCUGCGUGUGGACAUAUAGGUGUCCUAGGAGCCCUCCUGCAGGCAGCUACGUCCGUGGAUGCAGUCCCUGCAAUAGCAGACAAUCAUGGCUAUACGUCCCUGCACUGGGCCUGCUACAAUGGUCAUGACAGUUGUGUAGAGCUCCUGCUGGAACAGGAAGUUUUCCAGAAAACAGAAGGAAAUUCUUUCAGUCCAUUGCAUUGUGCUGUGAUAAACGAUAAUGAAGGUGCUGCAGAAAUGUUGAUUGAUACUCUAGGUGCUGGUAUUGUUAAUUCAACAGAUUCAAAAGGAAGAACUCCUCUUCAUGCAGCAGCUUUUACAGAUCAUGUUGAAUGUCUACAGCUUCUGCUCAGUCACAACGCUCAAGUCAACGCAGUAGAUUCCUCUGGGAAAACACCUUUAAUGAUGGCUGCAGAAAAUGGACAGACAAAUACAGUUGAGGUGCUGGUUAGCAGUGCUAAGGCUGAUCUGACUUUGCAAGACAGGGCUAAGAACACAGCACUCCACUUGGCUUGCAGCAAGGGUCAUGAAACUAGUGCCUUGUUAAUACUGGAGAAGAUUACAGAUAGAAACCUCAUCAAUGCCACCAAUGCAGCCUUGCAAACACCUCUGCAUGUUGCUGCUCGGAAUGGACUAACAGUUGUAGUUCAAGAACUUUUAGGGAAGGGAGCAAGUGUACUUGCUGUAGAUGAAAAUGGUUACACGCCAGCCUUGGCCUGUGCCCCCAACAAGGACGUGGCCGAUUGCCUGGCGCUUAUCCUGGCCACGAUGAUGCCCGUUUCAUCGAGCAGCACGUUACCGUCCCUUACAUUCAAUGCCAUUAAUCAUUACACCAACGCCUCAAAAACUGUCACCUUCGACUCCUUGCCCAUCAUGAGGAGUGACCACAGCUCUUACUGUAGUUUCAACAACAUUGGCAGGGAGGAUGGCUACCCGUAUACGGAAGAGGACGAGCUCAACGACUCAGAUUCUGAGACCUACUGAAGGCCACGUUUUGUGGGUCACAAGAGGGAGCACGAGCGUUGGAAGGUCAGACUUGUGCUUUUGGGGAAAAAAAAAAAAAAGCACGCAAGAGUUUGAAUACAAAAACAGAAGAGACCUUUGAGAAGAUUUUUGUUUUGUUUUUGUUUUUAUUGUGGUUGCAUAUAAAAAACCUGUGAGACUCUAGGAGGAUUUUUAAGAGAAUAUUUUGCAGAAGAAGCCUAAAUUCUUGAAUAAGUACUUGGAAUCCAUGGCAAAAAAAGUAAAAUAAAGAAUGUCAAAAAACUGUUUUAUUUAAUUCUACCAUUCUGUUUCUGGUGCCAGAAGGAACUUCUGCAGAUUGGGCACCCUACUUGAUGUAAAUGAACAACACUAUUGUACAACACAGAGGAUGCUAGGUUUAAAUAUUAUCGAUAAAACUAAAACCAUUUUGAAGGCAAUAAAUGAGUUUGGUACAGUAGGCAUUGUUUGUGCUGCAAAUUGCCAAAGGACCAAAUAACUUAAAAGUUUUUUUUUAAUUAAAUACCUUUUUUGUGGAAACUGGAACAGGUUAAUUGAGAAGUUAUUUUAACCAAACCUUAACUACUUCUAGGAAAGAAGCUUAGAGUUGGUUCU